AUGGCGGAACCAUACGUUCCGAAAGAGAUCAAGUACCGGGGCAUAAGAAGGCGGCCGUGGGGGAAGUACGCGGCCGAGAUUCGGGACCCGAACAAGAACGGAGCGCGCGUGUGGCUCGGAACAUUCUCCACCGGUGAAGAGGCGGCUCGGGCUUAUGAUAGGGCUGCUUAUGCCCUUAGAGGGCAUCAAGCACUCCUCAACUUCCCUAAUGAAAAUCACUACAAAACAUCACCUGUACAAGAAAUUUCUGAAUUUUCGAAAAAUCUUGUUGAUGAAAUCUCGAAUCAUAAGGCACCGGCAUCAUCAUCUGCAAAUUAUGCAGAUGCUCCGGGGAGUAGUAUUUCAUUUAAAAGAGAGAAGGGGGCCGAGUUCAUCGAGUUCGAGUAUGUCGAAGAUAAUUUGCUGGAUGAGCUUCUGGGGACGCAGAAUCCGAACAAAAGAUCGAGGUCGCUUUAA